AUGGGAUAUGUGAGUACUUGGCCAAAUGCUAAAAUCAUUGGUAAAAAGUCAAUUUAUAAAGACGAAUCGAAGUCGAUUGAGCUGCCUGAAAUGAAGGUCGAAAAGUCGGUUGAGGAAGGAGUUGUUGCUCCUCAAACAACGGAAGAAGCGCCGAAAGUUGUUGCUUCAUCAGAAGAACAAAGUGGAGCUGCAAGUUCUGUUCCUGCUGAAACCAAACCUUCCGAGAACGAUCAAACACCCAACAAAGAAUAAGUUAACAUCGUUUAACUCCA